GCGAAGGUGCUUUCAUUCACCACGUGGAGGGUAUUGCGGGGUUGGGUCUCGUCGCCAAGACCCGAGGGGUGGAGAGCCCCUCACCCGGUCUAAGACCGCACACUAAGCUCCUUAGUGUUUGUUCCCAGUGCCGUCAGCUCGUAGGGCUGGCAAGUUUUUCUUGUGGGUGACAGACGUGCCGACAGCCUUAAGAACGUUUGUCUAUACAGCCAGACCCGAAAACCAGGGCCCCGCCGGCGGGUCAGAAAUCUGGUGAAGGAUGGUUCCCAGCCGGAGAUGUGACUCAUAAGCACGUGUCUCUAUCUGAAAGAGUCCUUGGAACCUGUUUUCUCACCGCUCCUUUAAUAGACGGGGCGUGAACGAUUGGUUAGGGCCAAACGCUGCGCAGUUACCGCCGGGAGCAUUACUGUCAGGACUGACGACGGGGGUGCGGUUUUCUUGGUUAUGGGUCUCCUGACGUUCCGGAUAUAAAAGCGUUCAUCGAGGGCCUGCCGCUCUCCAGCCUUUAAGCAAACUUAGGCUGCAAAGACCCAGUCCUGGUCCUCAGUGCGGCGACAAGACACGCUACCAGAAGCACCCAAUCAAUCGCCUUGACGGUGGGAAACUGGCUUUUGCAGCGUUACCCUGCCGACACCAGAAAUCCUAGGAUCACUAAUGCAAUGGCUGGGGGAAAGAACGGUACAGCAGUUAUGAAGUUCAUUCUCUUGGGAUUCUCUGAAUUUCCAAAGCUCACCAUUGUCCUUUUUUCAAUAUUCCUAGGGAUCUUCCUCAUGACAGUGUUCUGGAAUCUGGGCCUCAUCACACUCAUCAGGGUGGACUCCCAUCUGCACACACCUAUGUACUUUUUCCUCAGUAACCUGUCUUUGCUGGACAUCUGCUAUGUUUCCACUAUAGCGCCCAAGAUGCUCUCAGAUUUCUUCCAGAAGCAGAAAUCCAUCUCCUUUGUGGGGUGCACUAUGCAGUACUUCUUCUUCUCUAGACUGGGUCUGACUGAGUGCUGUCUCCUGGCAGCCAUGGCUUAUGACCGUUAUGCUGCCAUUUGUAAUCCUCUGCUCUACACUGCCAUCAUGUCACCCACCCUCUGUGUGCAGAUGGUGGCAGGAUCUUGUGUAACUGGAUUCUCUGGCUCAUUUAUCCAACUCUGUGCCUUACUUCAGCUCCAUUUCUGUGGGCCAAAUGUCAUCAAUCAUUUCUUCUGUGAUCUUCCCCAACUGCUAAUCCUAUCCUGCUCUGAUACCUUUUUCUUUCAAAUCAUGACCUCUGUGCUCACAGUGAUCUUUGGACUCGCAUCUGUCUUGGUUAUCAUGAUAUCCUAUGGUUAUAUUGUUGCCACCAUUCGGAAGAUCACCUCGGCUGAAGGCAGGUCCAAGGCCUUCAACACCUGUGCUUCUCACCUGACAGCAGUGACUCUCUUCUUUGGCUCAGGUAUUUUUGUUUAUAUGUAUCCUAAUUCCAGUGGUUCCUUGAGCCAAAACAAGUUGGCAUCAGUUUUAUACACUGUUAUAAUCCCCAUGCUAAAUCCAUUGAUCUACAGCUUAAGGAACAAGGAAAUCAAAGAUGCCCUAAACAGAUGGAAGAAGAGAAACUUUUUCUGUUGUUACUAA